UGUGUACGUUUGUUGCACUGUUGCACUCCUUCACGUCUCGCUGGAUUCGUUGCUGCUUUGCGGUUUUGAGUUCUGGAACUGUACCUGUGCGCACGGUCGGGAGUUUGUGUGAGUUGGGCCUGCCUCUAAGGCAAACUGCCUGAAAAGGCAUUUAAUCAAUCUAAUAGAUCAUUCUGCCGGGUUUUGGAACCUUGCAGGCAGCAAACAUGGCACACUUCAAUGCCAAUGUGCCAUGUGGUCGAGAAGGAUCGAUUUUAACUUUAUACGACUUCCCUGCAGACAUAGAAAUAGGGGACCUUGCAAAUGAAUUUCAAGGUUUUGGUCAGAUCAGAGGCAUUGAAUACAACCCAGCCUUAAACACUUAUGACAUUGAGUUCAGCUCAGUGCGGGAAGCUUUUAUGGCCGAAAAGUAUGUGAUGGCCCCGUUUGUUAACUCCAUGAUGAAUCCAAUGAUGAAUCCUAUGAUGAAUCCGAUGUUGAAUCCCAUGAUGCAAAUGAUGAAUCCUAUGAUGGCAAAUGCAUUACCUGUACAUCGUAAUAGACCACUGCCUAAUAGGGUCUCUAGAGGACCGCCCAGUAACGAGUCCCAGGCCAGUAAACCUCAGGCGAAACUUAGUAUUGUCAGAAGUGUAGAUGGUACUCGUCAAGUCUCAUCUGCCCCUCAAAAUAAUGCAAAUUCAAUUUUCAGUUCUGUCAGCUGUGAAGCUAAGGAUACUGAAGCCACUAGUGAGGAUGGAGUUGUCGUGGAAGUUGGACCAUGUGUUUUAUGCCUCACACGCACUUCCUAUACAUGUGGAAGGUGUGGUGUGCAUUAUUGUUCAAGGGAUUGCCAGAAAAAAAACUGGUCAGAUCAUCAAAGCAAAUGCAACGCUGGCCUGCCUCCAUUGAACUAUGCUGGCAAGAAGCACAUCACAGAGGUGGAGAUAGUUCAGUAUGACGCGGAACAUGGGCGUCUGUCGCCAGUUGUCAAUGCCAGAGGCCCGUCUAGCAGUGACCCAGCUGGAGGUCAAAGGCUUCGAUCCCCGCUGUUGGGAUCAAGGGGUGAACGAAUUUCCAACGUUAAAGUGAAUUCGCGACAAUCUCCUGAAUAUGUCAGGAGAGCAGAGUCCUCAGUAGCUGCUCGCAUUCAGGGAUCUAGUUCUGGUGAUGCUCAGGGUUUAUCCAUGAGGAUGAAUGGGCGAGACAACGGGCCUGUCAAGGAUGACAGUAAUGGUACCGAAUGCAGAUCUGGAAGAAAUGAUACUCAAAAUGGAUUAAAAUCUGCUGACAGACCUGGCAGUGCUGGGAGAAAGCCCAACUAUGACAAUGGUGCAAGGUCUCCUAGGAACAUGAACCAGGCAGGAUCUAAUCGGGAACCAUCCUUUGAAGUGGAAAAACCGAAGUCAUGCGAGAAGCUAACCCCGCUGCGAUCUGAGUCACCAAAGCUUUCUGGUGUUAUGGCUAGACUAUCCAGGUUACCACCUGUUAGCCCUGUUGGUUCGUCGGGAGCUGUGCAAACUGUCUCAUCACCCACCUCCCCUCCCGAUGCGAGAAUUGAAGUUCCUCCGUGUGUUGAAAUCUGCAGUGGUGAUCAGGUGGCCAUUACCUACUUUGAGAAUAACACUGUUUACCUGCGCUCUCUCUCUCCUCAUACUGUUGAGCUGCAGGUUAAAAUGUGCAAAGACUUAAUGGACUACUGUGCACAAGCUGAACCUUUGGGCAGACAACCGAAGAAACAAGAAUUUGUGGCGGCAAAGUUUAGUGCUGAUGAUGCCUACUACAGAGCUGUUGUUGUUGGGAAACCAAACAAGUCUGAAGCCAAGUUUGAUGUAUGCUUUGUAGACUUUGGCAAUGUGGAUAGAGGGGUUCCAAUCAGCAACAUGAUUGCUCUCAGUGAUGCUUUAGCCAAGAUUCCUAUUUUGUGCUCUAAAACAAGUCUCAAGGGAGUACCUAAUGCCAAAUUAACUUCCGAAGCAGAGGAUCUUCUCAAUUCUUACUUUAUUGGAGAGUCACCUCUCAAAGUGAAAUUUACUGGUGAAUUUGGGGAUGGUGUUGAUCUUCUAGAUGAAAAGAGAGGAUUGUCUCUUAACCAAAGUGUUCUGAAUGCUCUUACUCCUGCCCCCGCUCCGGUUGUCUCUCCUCCUGCCCCCGCUCCUGUUGUCUCUCCUCCUGCCCCCGCUCCGGUUGUCUCUCCUCCUGCCCCCGCUCCGGUUGUCUCUCCUCCUGCCCCCGCUCCGGUUGUCUCUCCUCCUGCCCCCGCUCGGGUUGUCUCUCCUCCUGCCCCCGCCCCGGUUGUCUCUCCUCCUGCCCCCGCUCCUGUAGUGUCUCCUCCUGCUCCCGCCCCUGCCCCCGCCCCUGCCCCUGUAGUGUCACCUCCUGCCCCUGCCCCUGCCCCAGUGGUCCCUACCCCUGCUCCGGCAGCCAAAAAAUUCUUGUUGGACAAUAUUGAGUCAGUGAAAUUUCCGCCCAAGGGUACUGUAGCAAAUGUUCUCAUCAACAGUGUUGUUGAUGAUCAGGCAUUAUUGAUGGCUUGCCCUGUUGAUAUGGAUGCUAUUGAAGCUGCUGGAGCGUUGAUGAGUGAACUUGAAGCAUAUGCGGCUACAGUUCAGCCAUUCAGUCCUGAAGCAAAUGAACUGUGUGUUGCCAAGUGGAUAGAUGACGCCUGGUACCGUGCAGUUUGCCUGUAUCCUGAAGACAAUGGCAAAUUUAAUGUCAUGUUCUUGGAAUAUGGAAACAUUGACAGUAUACCUCUAGCAAAUAUUCGUCCAUUUAAAGAAGAGUUUAUGAAAGUUCCUGCACUUUCUUCAAUGUGUGUCCUCUCUGGAGCUGAUUUAACUGAAGAUCAGAUCAAGAAGUUAAAGGCGAUGUACAAAGAUGAGUGGAUAGUGAGUGCCACAGUUGUCGAUGUUGCUGAAGGACCAAUCAUUACAUUAGACAUCCCAGAAAUCCGUCAGAAAUUAUGAGAAAUGUGAUGUUAAUCAAUUUGACUGUUUUCUAACAGUGUUUUUUUUUUUUUUAAAUCUUCCUUUAUUUUUUUACUGUUAAUCAUGCUACAGUAUAUGUGAAAAUCUGUUCUUUCAUUCUUAUGGAAAAUUUUUCUGUAAUUCUAAUUUUAAUUGAUUUUAAUACACAUCUCAUGUUUCAAGAGAUGGUUAAUAAAUUGUGACCGAUCAAUGGC